AUGGUGGAUCAGAAAAUAUUCAAGACGGCUAAAACGUAUGGCUUUGACAGUGUUUACUUUGACGAAUGCAGCAUGGAGUUAUUGGGGAAAUAUAUAGCGUAUGUAAGGCCCCUUCUUACACCCACUUGCGACUACGUGUUGGUGAACCGAAAUGGUAAACAGUUCCACAAACUUUCAAAUCUUUUGAGUGUGUUGGUGUUCGAAGCAAUAGACAAGUACAUUCAUCCAACUAGGUACAGACAGAUUAUCGAAACAGAAAGUGCGCACGUUCUCCUGCCAAACGAACAGAAAUGGAUAUCUGAAGACCAAAAGCAUAGCUCUAACGUGGCCCGUGUACAUUAUCAGAAGAAAAGAUCUCGGGAAGUAGCCAUGAGAGGACGUGAGUGCAUGCAAAAAUUAAUUGAGAGAAGCAAUAGUUCACAAACAGAAGAGGAAAAGCAACAGCAGUCCUCAUCUGUUGUGCAACACACUAACCCUAACCCUAACGUAAAUGUUGUCCAACACACGCCCAUCAUUUCCCCCCAGAAAUUACCCAAACGUCGUCGAGGCGGUCGCUUCACAUGUGAGGAAGAUAAUUACAUACGCUUGGGCAUUGCUCAAUUUGGUUUUCGUUGGUCAAUGAUAUUACGCCAUCCAGAAUAUAACUUUAAUGCAUGUCGUGUGGCAAAUACUUUAAGAAAGAGGGCGGAAGCCUUGAAAUUAGUGUAA